UUUUACAAUUUUACAAGGAAAUAGAUUUUAAAGAUUUAAUUAUAAAUCAACAACUAGAAUGAUCAGUUCAGGAUAUUAACAAUUAGCCUUGUAAAUCGUACUUUAAACAUUGUGGACUUAAAUGCUUGAAACGAGUGUUCAAAUUAAAAUCUGAUUGAAAAUUUAUUUCAGUAUUUAAAAUUUCUUUCAGAGAAAUCUAUGGCAUAACAUUUUAGAAUUUUUUCGUACUUUAUUCUAAUGUCGGCUGAACCAGAGUCGUCCGUGGAACCAGAGGCAGAAUACACUUUGUCAGAAUCAGAACCGGAAACAACUGUAGAACCUGAAGUAGAACCCGAAUCUUUACUGCCUGAAAGUUUCAUAUUGAUCAACAGUGAUCCUCAAGCAGAAUCGUGGCCAGAACCAGAACCGGAAUGGAAUUCUGCAUUUAACGAAUGGGGUGUUGCAUGGCCGUUACAUGUUUAUAUUUUUGGAAUAUGUUACGCUUUAGCGUUAGUAUUUUCAGCAAUCUGUAUAGCUGCAUUACUGAAAUCUGUAAAAGCUGGAAAAGGAAAACUUACUUUAUCUUUACUUCUCAUGGUGAUAUUUUUCAGCACCACAAGAACUGUUACACUUUUUACCGAACCAUAUUAUGCUUAUAAUAACAUUCCCUUUCUCACAGCAAGAAUAAUGUGGUCAGUUGGUUUACCUUUUCUAACUUCAUCAUUCAGCUUGGUAUUUUUAGUUUUACUGGACACAACUAAGAUGGACAUAGGACCACCGAAAUUUCAGAAAUUUUCAGCCAUUUUGAUUAUUACUGCAGUCCAUUUGGUGAUAGUUAUUACUUCUGAUUUUGUUGUAUUCUAUAAAGCCUCGGCAAAAGUUAUGCUUGUUAUUUGCCAAACCUUGUUUUUAGCCUAUGGAAUUUCACUUGCUAUAGGAUAUUUUUAUGUGGGCUUCAAAAUGAGAAAAAACUGUUCAGCUGGCAGUAUGCACGAGUCAAGCACUAUAAAAAGGUUGAUAGUUCUAUGUUUCGUAUCGUCAGCGACGUCGGUAGCCAUUGUUGGGACCCAUAUCUACAGUGCAGUUGGUGUAUUUGGUGUUUACAGCAAUAAUAACACAGUUGAUGCUUGGCCGUGGUGGAUUUUACAGACAUGUCUACGGAUAGAAGAACUUGUAUCAGUGUGUGUUGUUUUAACAAUUGCUUCAAACUCAGAACAUCUAAAACAACUUUUUAGUCGUUGUUGUUCGAUUGUUGGGCAUUGUUUUCGAGGUCGAAAUCAGGUUCAACAAAUUUCUAUUCAACAGAAGUUUAAUAAGGAUUGUGAUUUGACUCAGAACGAAACCUUAUCAAAGUCUGAGUUUUAUUCAGAAAAGUUGUAAGAACCAAUUGAAUGAGAUGCUGCUGUCUCCUUUAAAUGUAUCUCUCUAAUUCCUAAAAAAAAAUAUCAAGUCGAAUGCACAAAAUUCAAUUUUCGCAAUCUAAAAUGACGUAGUUUUUGUCUCACCUACGACAAAAAUCGCAGUAUUUUUCGUCGUAGUAUGUCAAACAGGAAUCACUAUCCGUCGGUGUGAACUAUUUGUAGAAAGCUUUAUAUUUCAGAAGGUAGAUGACCUGGAUAAUUGAUACCUUCUUUGCAAAUACCUUAUGUUACGAAGUUUACGUCUGUCAUAUGUCCGGUGUCCUUGAACUCGUUUUCAUGGUUCAACGACUGCUUCAAAAAAAAAAAUUUUUUUUGUCAUGUGAAUUUCUUACUUAUAAUGAGUAAUUGGAUAACUAUAUUUGGCACAUGGGUUCCUUGCAACGUCUACAUGUGCAUCAGACAGGGUUCACCUGUCCUCGACCUCAUUUCAUGGAUCAGUGAUCAAGGUUAAAGGUACAUGAUUAGGUCCGUUUCUCAGAUACUAUAAGAAGUAGGUCAACUAUAUGUGGUGGUGGAAUGAUUGUAAGGGGUACAUGUCAGACAGACAGGUUUCAUGUGACCUUGACUU